GUACUUUUUUCUAGCAUUUGUGUGGAUACUAUAAUUCUGUCUGGCUUUCAGGAACUGCAAUGGAAAGUUUCACAAAAGAUGUGGAUGAUGCAGAAAAACAAUGUUUUAUAGUUUGCCACAAUGGAAACUGCUCUGUAAAUAUGCGUAGUAAAAUGAGUCAAAAUUAUAACAAACACAGACAUUGUCUAUUAUGUCAUAAAACAUUUCCUACACCGGCAAAAUGUCGUCGCCAUUUCCAAGAUGUUCAUAAGAAGAAGUCUGUCGUCAUCGGUGAAGUUACAUAUUUGCAGUGCAGAUGCACUGAACAGUCCAGGCGCUGGAGAAAAGGACAUUAUCACUGCUCCAUUUGUCCUUACAAAACUCGCUGUACUGGAAAUAUUGAGAAACAUCUGGUAAAGCAUACAUCUCCCGGAGACAUGAUGCCCGCGCAUUUAUUAAAGAAAGAGAUUGUGAAGACAGUAGAAGGAAAGCCUCAAUCGGAAGAUAGCAAUUAUGAUAUUACAAGCACGAACUUUUUGAACCAGAUUAUCCAGUUCUCUAACGAUGCCGGUCAAGCAUUCAACAGACCGCAGUUUCAUGCUCCAUAUGAAGCCAUCCCUGGUUCAACAUUAGAAGAAGAAGAAGUUGAAAUGUUACAGCACGUCGUACAACAAUUUGGAAAAGAUCUUGAUAAACUUAACUCUGUUAUUAAAAAGAGAAGAAUAAGUCAAAUCAAACAUGCUAUGAAACAAGAAGUAUAUGAUGAAGCAGAAAUGCCAAUUUCUUCAAAGCAACAGUACAAGGAUUCACAAACUACUCUUACCAAUACUCCAAUAUCUGGCAUUAUACCAAUCAAAAAACAAAAGCUCUCUCCGCCUCAAGACACCCAUGAUGAUAGUCUUUCGUACCCUCCUUUAAAAUACCUAAAAGCUAUAAUUACUGUAGAAGUUGUAACAGACUCAAAGUUUGAAGGUGAUGUGGAAAAUUUGCAUGAGUCUCCAUUACCACAGGAACAACAAGACCAAUUUAUCAGUUCAAGGAUAGUGGAUGAUAAGCCCAAGUCAUCUCUCAUCAACCCCCCACAUUUAUUGCCAUUGGAUAUUGUAGAACAGACAUGAGUUAGUGGUGGUAUCAAAGGUAUAAUCAAUACUUCUGAUUAAAGUAUCAUUCCCCAGCAUAGUAUCCUGUUUAGUCUCUGUAUUCAGGAUAAAACGGCUAUGUCAAUCUUAUAGUGUAAAAAUAGUAUAUGCUGAUUUAAUAUUUGUUCUGUAUUUGCUUUUGUGAUUUUAAAUUGUGUGGAAAUUAGAAUAUUAAAACUUGUGAUAUUUAACUGUG